UCUGCACAUCUGGCAGGGGCGCCUUCCAGAUUUUCCUCAUGACUCAGGAUCAGUUUCUGACUGCUAGGCGGGGCAAAGCCUCCUGAAGUUGCUGUGAGGCACCUCCCCCUGUGAGCAGAGCUUGGUACAGCCCAAAUAGUUUUCAGGUUAAGAAAGCCAGAAUCUUUGUUCAGCCGCACUGACUGAACAGUCUUAGUGGGGUUACCUGGCUAAGAGCAGCAGCGGCAGCAGCAAGGCUCCUGGGAUACUCAGGCAUAAUUUGACACUAUGGGUCCUCCUCUGAAGCUCUUCAAAAACCAGAAGUACCAGGAACUGAAGCAGGAAUGCAUCAAAGACAGUAAACUUUUCUGCGACCCAACUUUUCUGCCUGAGAACGAUUCUCUUUUCUACAACCGACUGCUUCCUGGCAAGGUGGUGUGGAAACGUCCCCAGGACAUCUGUGACGACCCCCGUCUGAUUGUGGGCAACAUCAGUAACCACCGGCUGAUCCAGGGGAGACUGGGGCACAAGCCAAUCAUCUCUGCAUUUUCCUGUUUGGCUGUUCAGGAGUCUCACUGGACAAAGACAAUUCCCAAUCAUAAGGAACAGGAAUGGGACCCUCGAAAACCAGAUAAAUAUGCCGGGAUAUUUCGCUUUCGUUUCUGGCAUUUUGGAGAAUGGACCGAGGUGGUGAUUGAUGACUUGCUGCCCACCAUCAAUGGAGAUCUGGUCUUCUCCUUCUCCACCUCCAUGAAUGAGUUUUGGAAUGCUCUGCUGGAGAAAGCUUAUGCAAAGCUGCUAGGCUGUUAUGAGGCCCUGGAUGGUUUGACCAUCACUGAUAUCAUCGUGGACUUCACGGGCACAUUGGCUGAAACUGUUGACAUGCAGAAAGGAAGAUACACUGAGCUUGUUGAGGAAAAGUACAAGCUGUUCGGAGAACUGUACAAAACAUUCACCAAAGGAGGUCUGAUUUGCUGCUCCAUUGAGUCUCCCAAUCAGGAGGAACAAGAAGUUGAAACUGACUGGGGUCUACUGAAGGGCCAUACCUAUACCAUGACUGAUAUUUGCAAGAUCCGUCUUGGAGAAAGACUGGUGGAAGUUUUCAGUGCUGAGAAGCUGUAUAUGGUUCGCCUGAGGAACCCCUUGGGAAGACAGGAAUGGAGUGGCCCCUGGAGUGAAAUUUCUGAAGAGUGGCAGCAACUCACAGCAGCAGAUCGCAAGAACCUGGGGCUUAUUAUGUCUGAUGAUGGAGAGUUUUGGAUGAGCCUGGAGGACUUUUGCCGUAACUUUCACAAACUGAAUGUUUGCCGCAAUGUGAACAACCCUAUUUUUGGCCGAAAGGAGCUUGAGUCGGUGCUGGGAUGCUGGACCGUGGAUGAUGAUCCCCUGAUGAACCGCUCAGGAGGCUGUUAUAACAACCGUGAUACCUUCCUGCAGAAUCCCCAGUACAUCUUCACCGUGCCUGAGGAUGGGCACAAGGUCAUCAUGUCACUGCAGCAGAAGGACCUGCGCACUUACCGCCGAAUGGGAAGACCUGACAAUUACAUCAUUGGCUUUGAGCUUUUCAAGGUGGAGAUGAACCGCAAAUUCCGCCUCCACCACCUCUACAUCCAGGAGCGUGCUGGGACUUCCACCUAUAUUGACACCCGCACUGUGUUUCUGAGCAAGUACCUGAAGAAGGGCAACUAUGUGCUUGUCCCAACCAUGUUCCAGCAUGGCCGUACCAGCGAGUUUCUCCUAAGAAUCUUCUCCGAAGUGCCUGUCCAGCUCAGGGAACUGACUCUGGACAUGCCCAAGAUGUCUUGUUGGAACCUGGCUCGUGGCUACCCAAAGGUAGUCACCCAAAUCACCGUUCACAGUGCUGAGGGCCUGGAGAAGAAGUAUGCCAAUGAAACUGUGAACCCAUAUUUGGUCAUCAAGUGUGGAAAGGAGGAAGUCCGUUCUCCUGUUCAGAAGAAUACUGUUCAUGCCAUUUUUGACACCCAGGCCAUUUUCUACAGAAGGACCACUGACAUUCCUAUUAUAGUACAGGUCUGGAACAGUCGAAAAUUCUGUGAUCAGUUCUUGGGGCAGGUUACUCUGGAUGCUGACCCCAGUGACUGCCGUGAUCUGAAGUCUCUGUACCUGCGUAAGAAGGGUGGUCCAACUGCCAAAGUUAAGCAAGGCCACAUCAGUUUCAAGGUUAUUUCCAGCGAUGAUCUCACUGAGCUCUAAAUCUCCCAUCCCCGAGAAUCCUGACAGAGCUUUCCAUCCUAUUAUUUUCUGUCAGAUGCCAGGUCUUAGCUAAGAUUCACAAUCUUUUGAAAGAAAUUCACAAUAAUUAACUUUUCCUUUCUUCUGAUAAGUUCCCCAUACCUCCCGAUCCAAGUAGCAUCAGUAGCUACAUAACCUAUAUACCUCCAGCAGCUGGACAGGGGGAGGUGACAGUCCCAUCUGGAGAUCAUAUAUGUUUACCAAGAAAAGAUCUCUGGGGCUUCCGGGGGUGAGAUUCAAGCAGGACAAUAACAAGAGCCUGGACACCCUGCAGAUGUCUUUGAUAUUUUCAGUUCAAUAUAUUUCACCUGUAGGGCACGUUGAGGAAGGAAAAGGGAUAAUCAAGGCCAAGCUGGUCUAGCCUGACAUCCUAGCUCCUGACUGAACACUACAGACUUCCCAGCAGCAUCUCACCCAGCAGCCAGAGCCGGCUUUAAGUCCCUAACCCUUACUGCCACCACUGCCACCACCACCAACCACCACCACCACCACCACCGCCAUCACCACCAUCAUCACCUCCGGAAAGUGUAGUCCUGCCUUAACCCAAGUCACCCCCCACAGUAAGUUUUGCCUUCAUGUUGAGGAAGCUUCCUAGGUGCUCAAUCUAGAGCUGGAGUUCAAUGAGGCCUAGGCAGUGAGAAGGGCCUGAGCUUCAGUUCAGUGGAAGCCAGCUGUGUGCCACGAGAGGGAAAAGUGGAAGAAGCUGCAGUGGGAGACAAAACUUCGGUCCCCCACCCAUCCACACACACCUACACUCACACACGCGCACAUGGGCGCACACGACCUACCGUUCAGGCAGUCAGUGGGCAAGAGGAAGGACGAAUAAUUGCCACAUACACCAAAAAGAUGAGAGAAUCCAUCCAGGCAUGGUACAGCCAAUUUGGGGCCCCUGACUGCAAUGUGAAACCUCUUGCUGCUGCUAGGUUUACAAAUAAGCCUGUUGUCCUGUGCCUCCUAAUAUCAUUGGUACUGAAGACCCCAUCUGGGGGCUUGAGACUUGGUUCCGGCCCAGGCUUCUCAGGCUUUUCCCUCAGUUGGGAAGCUUCACUCCCCAAGGGUGUUUGUUCACCCUCUUGUUUUUCAGUACUUCUACAGAAUUUUCUCUAGACUCAGUCAUUAUGAGAUGUUCUUCCCUCCAUCUUCAUCUAUCGAUAUUCUACCCCUCCUUCAAGGCCCAGCAUAAAUGCCACCUCCUCCAUGAAGCCUUCCCUAAUUCCACCCAAAGCCCCACCUUCAACAAUAUUUCAACGCUUCUGCAAUGAUGAAAAAGAAACAUAGUUGUAGUACUUAGUCUAGUCCAGCACGCAUUCAUUAAAAAAAUAUAUUUUGUAGUUUUAUUUUAGCUCGCUCAUUUCCUACCACGUUUUCCAGUCUGUGUAACUUCUGCAGUGCCUUCACCACACUGCCUUACAUACACCAAAUCACAAUAAAGUUCAUAUUCAAUAAAUUGA